AUGCCUACUAAGCAGGACGAUCUUGAGCGGGACACCGUUGAGCUCUCGGGUGUCCAGCAUAUGACGACGGAUUUUGGUGUGAAGAUUUCCGAUCCCGACCACUGGCUGCGAGUGGGUGAUGCGAAGCACAAUGGCCCGCCCCUAUUGGAGGAUUCACUCGCUCGAGAGAAGGUCAUGCGUUUCGACCAUGAGCGCAUUCCCGAACGAGUUGUCCACGCCCGUGGAGUUGGCGCUUUUGGUACUUUCCGAAUGAAGAAAAGCAUCAGCAACCUCACCACCGCUGGAGUUCUCACCGACACAUCACGAGAGACGCCUGUCUUCACACGGUUCUCCACCGUUCAGGGCAGCAAAGGCAGUGCCGAUACCGUUCGAGAUGUGCGUGGGUUUGCAGUCAAGAUGUAUACGUCCGAGGGAAACUGGGACAUUGUCGGCAACAACAUCCCCGUCUUUUUCAUUCAGGACGCGAUCAAGUUCCCAGACGCCAUUCAUGCAGUCAAGCCAGAGCCCCAUAACGAAAUUCCCCAGGGUCAAAGCGCGCAUAACAACUUCUGGGACUUCCAGUACAUGCACUCAGAGACAACUCAUAUGCAGCAAUGGAUCAUGUCUGACCGCGCCAUCCCCCGGUCUGUUCGGAUGAUGCAGGGAUUCGGUGUGAAUACCUAUUCGCUCGUAAACGCUGAAGGCAAGCGCCAUUUCGUCAAGUUCCAUUGGACCCCGGAAUUAGGAGUCCACUCCUUGGUGUGGGAUGAGGCACUGAAAAUCGCUGGGCAGGACCCUGAUUUCCAUAGGAAGGACCUCAUGGAUGCGAUUGAUGCGGGCCAGUUUCCCAAGUGGAAAUUCGGCAUUCAGGCGAUUCCUCAAGAAAAUAAGGACGACUUUGAAUUCGACAUUGAGGACGCUACAAAGAUCUGGCCGGAGGAGCUGGUGCCUAUCCAGUACGUAGGAGAAUUGGAACUGAACCGAAACGUGGACGAAUAUUUCCCGCAGACAGAACAGGUUGCUUUCUGUACUAGUCACAUCGUUCCUGGCAUUGAUUUCUCAAACGAUCCCCUCCUCAUCGGGCGAAAUUUCUCCUAUUUUGACACUCAAAUUUCGCGCUUGGGUCCCAACUGGCAAGAACUGCCAAUCAACCGGCUGGUGUGUCCCUAUAUGAGCUUGGUCAACAGGGAUGGUGCGAUGAAACACCGCAUCACCAAAGGCAAGGUGAAUUACUGGCCAAACCGAUACGAGACCAACCCUCCCGCCUCUCAAUCACAGGGUGGUUUCGCCACUUAUCCUGAGAGGCAAGAAGGCGUCAAGGCACGCCAACUUUCGGACAAGUUCAAGGAGCAUUACAACCAGGCCCAGCUUUUCUUCAAUUCUCUGUACCCCAUUGAGAAAAUGCAUGUCGCCAAGGCAUUCUCCUUUGAGCUCGACCACUGUGACGAGGAAAUCGUCUACAAGCGCUUGUCAGAACGUCUUGCCGUUAUCGACCUCAAUCUCGCGCGGACCGUGGCCAAGAAUGUGGGCGGCGACACACCGGCCAAGGCCACGAAGGCAAACAACGGCCAGACUUCGAAGGGGUUGAGUCAAUUUGACUAUCUCUCCAAUGGUCCCCAAAUCGCUACGCGUCGAGUGGCAAUCCUCAUCAUGGAUGGCUUCGACCACGCUGCGUACACACAGAUGAAGGAGACCCUUAAAGAGCACAACGCAUUUGUCUUCACCAUUGGUUCGCAGCGUCAGGGUGUCACGGCCGAGUCGGGCGAGAAAGUCAUCCCCGAUCACCACUUCCCCGGCAUGCGGUCGACGCUCUUCGAUGCGGUCUUCAUCCCUGGUGGAAAGCACGUUGGUGCGCUUGCUAAGAACGGCAUUGCCAAGUACUGGAUCACCGAGUCCUUUGCUCAUCUCAAGCCCGUUUCCGGCGUCAAUGAGGCGGUUGGUUUCAUCCAGCGGCAGAUUAACCUAGAUGCGGUCAAGCACGCUUCGUCGGCUAGUCAAACUGUGGAAAGCUAUGGCGUGGUGACGGGACAAGGAAACCCAGCAGAGCUUUUGAAAUCGUCAUCCACUAUCGGACCUGACAGUCAAGGAUUUGUUGAUCGAUUCAUCUGGCAAAUUUCCCAGCACAGGAACUGGCAAAGAGAAUUGGAUGGAUUAAUUGACGAGGUAGAGGCUUGA